UUGGAUUCUCAUCUAUAGCACUAUAUGAUAAAGUGAGUGAUUACUAUAAGUUUUAGGUACAAUAUGUCUUAUCUAUCUUCCUUACCAAAGAUUUAUCUUAAUCAACGCUUAAUUUAGGGAGGAAAUUCUCUGAAUGAAAAUGGAGCAUUGCCACCAAACAACUUAUGUGCCAAAGGUGAAUUUAGGCAGCCAAGGAUUAGAGGUUUCUCGGGUAGGCUUUGGUUGCGGAGGACUGACUGGUGUAUACAAUUCACCUCUCCCACAUGAAGAAGGAAUUUCACUUAUCAAGCAAGCAUUUAAUAGGGGAAUCACAUUCUUUGACACUUCAGAUCUGUAUGGUGAUAACUACGACAAUGAGAUAAUGGUUAGCAAGGCCUUGAAGCAGCUUCCUCGAGCAAAGAUUCAAUUAGCAACUAAAUUUGGUUGCUUAUGGUUGGAAAAUGGACAAUUUGGUGCAAAGGGUACCCCUGAAUAUGUUAGAAAAAGCUGUGAAGGUAGCCUUAAACGGCUUGGCGUAGAUUACAUUGAUCUCUACUAUCAACAUCGUGUGGACACAACUGUGCCUAUAGAACAGACUAUGGGUGAGCUUAAGAAUCUCGUAGAGGAAGGAAAGAUCAGGUACAUUGGAUUAUCUGAAGCUAGUGCAGACACUAUCAGAAGAGCACACAUUGUCUAUCCUAUAACUGCUGUGCAGAUGGAGUAUUCUCUCUGGUGUCGAGAAAUAGAAGAAGAUAUAAUUCCCCUUUGCAGGGAGCUUGGAAUUGGUAUAGUUACAUAUAGCCCUCUUGGACGCGGAUUUUUCGGAGGAAAGGCUGUAGUUGAGAGUUUACAUUCAGAAAGCUUUUUGAAUGGACACCCGAGGUUCAUUGGUGAGAACCUAGAGAAGAAUAAGUUACUUUAUAACCGCCUCGCUGCUUUAUCAACAAGGCAUUCUUGUUGCCCUGCACAGCUAGCUUUAGCUUGGUUAUUUCAUCAAGGAGAUGACAUAGUGCCAAUACCAGGAACUACCAAACUGAAAAAUCUUAUCACCAAUAUAGAGUCACUGAAAGUAAAGUUAAGUACAGAUGAUCUGAAAGAAAUUUCAGAAGCAAUUCCAGUUAAUGAGGUCAGUGGAGAGCGAGAUCCAGACGUCCUGGCAAAGUUGUCUUACAAAUUUGCUGAUACCCCUGUUAUAUGAUGCAACUCAAUAGCUGGGUUUGGACUAUAAAUUAGCUAUGCUGUGUAUUUUCUUUGUCCACAAACGUUGAGCUUUGUAAUUUGAGUGCACCAUCCUCUAAUUAUGAAAGGUACAGGAUUGGCAAAGAAAAAUGUAUACUAUAAUACCACUUCCUGUUCCCAAACUAAAAGCAUAAUUAAUAAAUUUUAGGGUCAAGCAGUGUAUGCAAUAAUA